CCCGCCGCCGCCCGGGGGUCUCGGCGCGAAGGGGCCGGAGCGGAGCGGCCGCGCCAUGAACUACCAGCAGCAGCUGGCGAACUCGGCAGCCAUCCGGGCCGAGAUCCAGCGCUUCGAGUCGGUGCACCCCAACAUCUACUCCAUCUACGAGCUGCUGGAGCGGGUGGAGGAGCCCGUGCUGCAGAACCAGAUCCGCGAGCAUGUCAUCGCCAUCGAAGAUGCCUUUGUGAACAGCCAGGAAUGGACCCUGAGCCGCUCUGUGCCCGAGCUGAAAGUGGGGAUCGUGGGGAACCUGGCGAGCGGGAAGUCGGCGCUGGUGCACCGCUACCUGACCGGCACCUAUGUCCAGGAGGAGUCACCUGAAGAUAUGGAUGCAGGUGGGAGAUUCAAGAAGGAGAUAGUGGUUGAUGGCCAGAGCUACCUGCUGCUGAUCAGAGAUGAAGGAGGCCCUCCAGAGGCACAGUUUGCCAUGUGGGUGGAUGCUGUGAUCUUUGUGUUCAGCUUGGAGGAUGAGGUCAGCUUCCAGACCGUUUACCACUACUACAGCCGCAUGGCCAACUACCGCAACACCAGCGAGAUCCCCAUGGUCCUGGUGGGCACCCAGGAUGCCAUCAGCUCCACCAACCCCCGUGUCAUCGACGAUGCCCGGGCCAGGAAGCUGUCCAACGACCUCAAGAGAUGCACUUACUACGAGACCUGCGCCACCUACGGGCUCAACGUGGAGAGAGUCUUCCAUGACGUGGCCCAGAAGAUCGUUUCCACCAAGAAGAAGCAGCAGCUCUCCAUCGGACCCUGCAAGUCUCUGCCCAACUCUCCGAGCCACUCCUCCGUGUGUUCUGCCCAGGUUUCUGCCGUGCAUAUCAGCCAGACCAGUAAUGGAGGAGGGAGUUUAAGUGAUUAUUCCUCCUCUGUCCCAUCAACUCCAAGCACCAGCCAGAAGGAGCUGCGGAUCGAUGUUCCUCCCACUGCCAACACUCCAACUCCUGUGCGCAAACAGUCCAAGCGCCGCUCCAACCUCUUCACGUCUCGGAAAGGGAGUGACCCAGACAAAGAGAAGAAGGUCCUGGAGAGCAGAACAGACAGCAUUGGAAGCGGCCGUGCAAUCCCAAUUAAACAGGGGAUGCUGCUGAAGCGGAGUGGCAAGUCCCUGAACAAGGAGUGGAAGAAGAAGUACGUGACGCUGUGUGACAACGGCGUGCUGACCUACCACCCCAGCCUGCACGAUUACAUGCAGAAUGUCCAUGGCAAAGAGAUUGACUUGCUGAGAACCACUGUGAAGGUCCCUGGCAAGAGGCCGCCCCGAGCCACCUCAGCCUGUGCCCCCAUCUCCAGCCCCAAAACCAACGGCCUCUCCAAAGACAUGAGCAGUUUACACAUCUCGCCAAAUUCAGGGAACGUGACUACUAGCACAUCUGUGUCUCAGAUGGCCAGUGGGAUCAGUCUGGUGUCCUUCAACAGCCGCCCGGACGGUUUGCACCAGCGCUCCUACUCGGUCUCCAGUGCAGAUCAGUGGAGUGAGGCCACAGUCAUUGCCAACUCUGGCAUUAGCAGUGACACGGGCCUGGGAGAUUCAGUGUGCUCCAGCCCCAGCAUCUCCAGCACCACCAGCCCCAAGCUGGACCCCCCUCCUUCCCCCCACGCCAACAGAAAGAAGCACCGCCGGAAGAAAAGCACAAGCAACUUCAAAGCUGACGGCAUCUCGGGCACGGCUGAGGCCAAACGCAAAGCUUGGAAACUAAACCGUGUUGGUAGCCUGCGAAAUAUUUACAGCAGCAGCAGCACCAACACCGAAGAGCAAGAAGAGAACUUUGAGUUUAUCAUUGUCUCUCUCACGGGCCAGACUUGGCACUUUGAAGCAACCACCUACGAAGAGAGGGACGCGUGGGUCCAAGCCAUAGAGAGCCAGAUCCUGGCCAGUUUACAGUCCUGUGAGAGCAGCAAGAACAAGUCGCGCCUGACCAGCCAGAACGAGGCCAUGGCCCUGCAGUCCAUCAGGAACAUCAGAGGCAACUCCCACUGCGUGGACUGCGAGGCACAGAACCCCGACUGGGCCAGCCUCAACCUGGGGGCCCUCAUCUGCAUCGAAUGCUCAGGUAUCCACCGCAACCUCGGCACGCACCUGUCCCGCGUGCGCUCCCUGGACCUGGACGACUGGCCCAUCGAGCUCAUCAAGGUCAUGUCAGCCAUUGGCAACGAGCUGGCCAACAGUGUGUGGGAGGAGAGCAGCCAAGGCCACGUGAAGCCUUCCCCAGACUCCACCAGGGAAGAAAAAGAGCUCUGGAUACGCGCCAAGUACGAGCAGAAGCUUUUCCUCGCCCCUCUGCAGUGCCUGGAGCUCUCUCUGGGCCAGCACCUCCUGAGGGCCACGGCUGAGGAGGACUUGAGGACGGUGAUCCUGCUGCUGGCCCACGGCACGCGCGACGAGGUCAACGAGACCUGCGGCGACGGCGACGGGCGCACGGCCCUGCACCUGGCCUGCCGCAAGGGCAACGUGGUGCUGCUGCAGCUCCUCAUCUGGUACGGCGUGGACGUGAUGGCGCGCGACGCCCACGGGAACACGGCGCUGGCCUACGCCCGCCAGGCCUCCAGCCAGGAGUGCAUCGACGUGCUGCUGCAGUACGGCUGCCCCGACGAGCGCUUCGCCCUCAUGGCCACCCCAAACCUGUCCAGGAAGAACAACAACCGCAACAACAGCGGCGGGAGGAUGCCCACCAUCAUCUGAGGGGAGCGCUUUGGCUGAGCCCGGCGGCGGCCGCAGCCUCACAUUCCUCCAUCACCAUCGCAGCUCCGCUCUGUGAGUCCGCUGCCUCUCCUCCUCCUCCUCCCUUUUCCCUGCGUCCAUCCCAAGUGCCAGCGGAGCGCGGGGGGCCCGGGAGGAGCGCGGGGGCUGCGGGCAGGCCCUGGGUUUGGGGGCCGUGCCGGGCAGGCCCUGGGUUUGGGGGCCGUGCCGGGUGGCACCGGCACCGCAGGGAGAGGCGAGCCGGAGCGGAAGGAAGGAAAGAAAGAAGGAAAGAAGGAAGGAGAGACGGUGACUUUCCCUAAGUGACAGUGAAGCACAUCAGAACAUUUCACCUCUGCGGCGCCUGGAUUUCCAUUCUCUUCUCCCGAAGAGCUUGACGGCAUAAAUCAGAAGCAAGCACAGAGUUUGUCAGGUUUGAAGCUCCUAUGAUGGUAUGUGUCAAAUCAGUUGUAGCUAAUCUGUCCGGGGAGAAUACUGGCUUCAUUACACUUGUAUAGUUGAGUUCUUCCAGCAUUACUGCUGUUUAAUAGAACAUGAUUAGUCAUCACGGAGAAAAAAGCAUAUUAGCUGAGGAGGUAGUUACAUGGCACGCUUCGGUGAUUGCUUGGAUGUGAUUGCAAUAUUCUUAGAAGCAUCAUAUUAUCUCAGACAUGUUCUUUCGAGCCCUUGGAGCCCUCCUUUCUAAAUUCACUGUCAUAAUUUAGUAUCUGUUUAAUUUUUCAGUCCAAAGAGAGGAAAUGAGUUGCUGAGUGUUAUUUGACUGCAGUCUCCUUGGUGUAAAAACAAAAUGGAAAAAAUAAAUAAGGGUAAGCCUGAAACACAAAAAGGAAUAAUGAAUACCGCUGUGGAAAACAACAUUUCAAGUGCGUUUGGUGAAAUUAAUAAAUGCAUAAAGGCUAAUUUUUUUUAAAUUUUUUUUUUUAUGUUUUCAGCCAGCAGAAAUAGGUUCUGUCAUUUUGCCAAGGUAAAUUGUGUUGAGUUUUUUGGUCACUCCUGUGAUGCAUUGCCUAACUUAUACAGAUUUUUGUAUUGUGUCUCUAGAUUCUAUGUAUUUAAAAUCUAUUUGAAUAAAAAAAAGGACCGUAAAUAUACAUUGAUUUUUUUUUUUUU